AAAAUCACAUUAGGGUCUAAAAACUUUGAUUUACAAUUUUAAGACAGUUUAAAAAAUACACAUGUGUAGUGAUAUUAAAUAGGAUGAAAGUAUUCCAUUUAAUGAUAAGAUUUAUACGUCUGUAUAGAUUAUAACAUCAACUAAAAUGUACUUAACUUAAAGGUAAUUGUUGUAAAGUGAUUUCCUAGUUGACCAAAGUUGGUUUUUUGAAUAAAUAGUGUGAAAUGUCGGGAAGGUCCGGUGGUCAUCAUUACAAUGUAGAAGAGUGCCCCCUGAACACCCAGAAGCAAUGCAAGAAAUCGGCUAGGAGCUUCAAGGGCCCCCUUCGCGUGGUGAGGCUGUGUCUUUUGGGGAUUCUAUUGCCCGCAGUUUUGAUGGGGGUGCCCCUCUACAUGAAAUACAGGGUGUACGGGCAUCAGUUGUACCCCCUUGCUAUGUCAGAUAUGAGGCUUCUGGAUAACAAGGUCUCCACCACUUGGUGUCAGAGGCAACUAGUUAAAGUAAACACAACUUUUAACGCCUUUUUACUACCAGAAGCCCCAAAAAUAUCUCCCAACCUACAGCAGCUGUCCAUGGUUAGGCAUCUGGAGUUGGAGGACGACACAAAGGAGUACUGGGGAUUUUAUCUACUGGCUGGAUCUUCGGUUACUGUUUCCACAUGCGUCAGGUGGCCUGGAGCGUCAUUGAUAGUCAUCAAAGGCCACAAACACCUACACGAGUGCGCGUACAUUGGAGACAACUCCUCGGAAGAAAUAGAAGAGCUAAUGGAGGCGAUCAGAGAAGGCUCGUACGUGAACCCAAACGUCAAUGGCACAUCGAAGGAAGACGCGCCAGCAAACGAGCCAGACUUGAUGAAGAGGCACCGGGAAAACGUUGAAUUCCACCACCCGAAUCACGCGAACUCCACCAAGCACAAGUUGGAUACGACUGUAGACGCAGCGGAUAUAUCCGAUCCAAAAAUCAUGAAGGAGAUUCUGGACGCGUUGGAGUCGAAGACCGGGAGGAAGAGCAAAUCCGUCGAUCAUCCACAUUUACGCAGAAACUCCACCAUAGCUAAGAACGAGGUUAAGAACAUCAACAUUCAGCAAGGUGGUGGAAACGCUAAAAAUGCAAGCAGUGACUCUCAGGAGGUUUUAAACGGUAUUCUAAAGCAGUUGGAAGGUAUGGGUGGGAAAGGAGACGAAAUUUUGGCGAAAGUGAACAAAAAAUACCGAGAGAAUUCCAACAAAUACCCCGAUCACGUACUGAACAUGAAAGGAAGGCAUUAUUCCAAACCCCCAGUCGAGUUCAAUGAUAACAUAGACAAAGCUAGGAGAAGAAAAAGGGAUCUUAUAAUAAAAACAGCAAUGGAGGCCCAGUUAAAUAGCAAUGAUGAAGAAAACAACUUGGGAUUGGAAGAGGGAUUCAAUCCUGAUGGUAUAGCAGACCACAGAGGCACUGUCAACGAAACCACCUUAAACGAUAUGAGCAACAGCGAGUUUUGGUCUUCAUUUUCCAGCUCUGAAGAAGCUCUUCUGAACUGCGCUGGCUUAAUUUUGAACCUGCCACUUACCCCACACCAUAACUGUCGACAAAAUUUGACCGAAGACCAAGCAAGAGAAACCUACCUGGCCAACUCUGUCACUUACAAAGUUCCUUCGAAUGGUUACUACUUCUUCGUUUUCAACAGCGAGAAUGAGGUUCAAAAAAACUACAUCAGAGUGCAGUUUAACAUCAACAAAGCGGUCUACAACGUCUCCAAUCCCGUGGAGUCUUGCAAGAACUCCUCCCAAACGUGCGCCUUGAAUCUGAAGUUUUUUUCCUCGGAGAAGCUGGUGAUGGAGCUUCCGGUCAAAGAUAACGACACUUUGUGGAACGAGGAGUUCGUUGUGAUUUCGGAAUGUGAGCCGAGAACAGCAAUCUAUGUCGUGAGUGUUCUCACUGUGCCUGUACUUGUUUUACUCUUUGCAUUUUCGUGAUAUUUUUAAACAAAAUGAGACUGUUUUAUGUGAGUUUUAUACAUUAUAUAUUUUACUUUAAUAAAGAUAUUAUUUAUAAUUAGUAUU